UUUGAUAGUACACGGCGCGUAGAAGACUUUUUCUCUACAAGUCGCGCAGAAAGACGUCCUGACGACGUUCAAAGACAGACAAGAGCCGCAUCUGCAUUAAGGUCAAUAGCUGAAUUACGAGAAAAUCGUCAAACUCAGUACAAGCUUCGCAAAGAUGCUCAAAGCAGGGAAGACGAUGCCUGCGAUCUGAAGUCUACAAACAAGCCAGAAGUCUGGUCCUGUCAGUCUCAAUUUAAGACACCUGAACAAAUAGUUUACUGUCAAGAUUAUGUGGAUCAACGGAAACUUUUAAGUCCAUUUAACGACUUAGAAAAGAAACCGCAGCAAAUAAAAAAGAGAUAUGACGUUAAUGUACGCGAAACCAGAAUCAAAGUACCUAUGUUGAAAAAAUAUCUACCCGUAUACCAAGCGCCAGGUUUAAUAGAAGAGCUAAAGGAACACGAUAGAAUAAAAUUAAUUCAGGAACGCGAAGCUAAAAGAUGGACGGCUUUGAGCGUUCUUCGAAGUACGGGGGAUUCUCCCUUGAGCACCAGAUCGAGAGAUCGAGAAGCAUGCGGUAGUUCUGUAAUAUGCGAUGCUUAUGAAACCGUCAGCGGAGCAACUUCAGUCUCUACGAGAUUGACUGAGGGGAAUACCCUUCCGUAUCAAGAAACGCAAAUCUUCAAAGACAUGGUGAGUGAGUUUCGGAAGAAGAUAGAGGCCGAGAGGCCUCUAAUAUCUUUAUCUCAGCGGGCAGACAAAUGUAAAGAUCUGCAACAAUUGUUUCCUCUCAAAAGUGAAGCCGGCGGAGGAUUUACGACGGAGCCGAAGUUUGAGAAAGUCGCUAACAGGUUUAAGUCGUUAUGCGAUAAACAUGAAAAAGACGAAGAGUGCACUACAAUAUACGAAGGAAAACAAAGAUUUCAAAGCGAAUCGUUUAGCGAAAUAUCAUCGAUUUGCAGUUACCGCGGACAUCGUCGAUUUGAUGUUUCGACUUCGGCCGACGAAACCACAUAGAUAACAACGUUGAUAUCUCAUUAAUGCGUUAUAACAUGUAAUAAAGAAAUUUUGCAAUCGAAUGAUGAUAUUAUCUAAAUGUUAACACUAUACGAAAAAACAGUAUGGUUGUCGAUACAUAAAUCUGAUUGUACCAACCAUAUUUAGAACAACUACAUUGAUAUAAUUGACAUACUGCAGUCAAUAAGUCAUGUGAAUUAUAUGCAUGAUCAUCGUCUAAAGAUAUCUAAAUGAUGCAAUCAUAUUCUUAUAUAAACUACAUCUUUUCUUGUGAUUUUUGCUGGUUAUGUAAACUACAUCUUUUUUUCCGUGUAAAAGUAACGUUUCUUAUUUAUUAAAAAACCAAGCAAAAAAAUUACUAUAAAAAAUAUGUAAGUGAUUAAAAACAAAUG